UGAUUGAGCCAAAGCUUGCAUGAUAUAUUCAUAUAAAUUUAGUUUGGCAUCUUCGCUCCAUGUUUGGACUUAUUUUAUUUUAUUUUAUUUCAUUUUGUUCACCCUGUUGUUUCUUUAACUCGAUAAAUUGUGUUUAGUUACUUGCAUGAGUAGUAGUUCCAUCCUUUGAGAACAUUUGGUUUAGUGCCUUGUGUAUUUUACAAUUUGCAUUCCAUUCGUGAUUUGAUAUCAAUACUUGUAUAGAACUGAACUACCUACCUACUCAAGUAGCUGUUCCCUGAGUGAGUUAGAGCUGCAGUCACAUCAACUGAAUGAUUUGCAAUAAAACGAUGAAGAUAUUUACAAUCCUUUCCUUAUGUCUAUAUUUCUCAUCAACUAUAAUGUGGGCUGAAGGUUCUGAAUCAGCAACUCCUGCUCCAAGUUUACCAUAUGAGUCAUCUAGUUUUCAACAGAUGAGAACUAAGGGAAUGAUAUAUGUCGACAAAACCAUGUUCAUAGAAAGAAUACUGGAUUUAGACGAGCCACCAUACAUUUUACUCACCCGUCCCAGCCUAUUUGGAAAAUCUACAUUUGUAGAGAUGUUAUACCACUUUUUUUCCGCACAUAGACACCUUUUUAAUGACACGUACAUCGCCAAACGAUUUCCCCAAGAAUGGACGAAAUAUCCUGUUAUCAACAUGCAUUUCUGUUUUGCAACAUCUAUCAUUAGUAUCGCUGGUAUCGAUAAGUAUGAAAAGGAGCUCGAAAUUAACUUAUGGAACAUUGGAAAAACAUAUGGACUCGACUAUGCAUCAAGUUAUCGCAUUGACUUCCUCAUCAAAAAUCUGAAAGCUAAAUACGGACAACCCGUUGUCAUACUGAUUGACGCAUACGACUCGUUGUUUAAAAGAGUUUACAGAAAACAUGUUGAUUUGAUUGACAAGUUUAAAGCAACUGCUUGCAAAUUCUACCAUAUGUUGAAACAGCAACGUAAUAAUAUUAAAUUGGUAUUCAUGACAGGAAUUUCUAGACUAUUCUUAUCCGACUUCGAAUGUGGCGUGAGCCAACAGAGUAAUAUCUACGACGCAACUUUCAGCAAGAACUUCUCCAGUGCUACAGGAUUCACACUGGAAGAAAUAGAAUCAAAUUUUAAGCCAUACUUGCAGCGUUUGGCCGAUCAUUAUGGAGUGAGUGUGCUGGAAAUCACUGAAAAUCUUAUCGAGUCGUACAGUGGGUAUAGAUUUAGUCUGAAAGAUGAUAAAACAAAAGUCUUCAAUCCUAUUUCCGUAAUCGCCUGCUUCAGAAAUAUGAAAAUUGGCAAUUUUUGGGAAGAGUCGACCUACACUGAGGAUAUACUCCAAAUGAUGAAAAAUAAGUCUAAAAACACUGCAGAAGAAUUAUACUAUUAUAGUGUAGGUGUUCAAGAAGUGCGUGGGAUGUACAAUGACGAAUUCGGGCCUGAGGUUCCAUCAUCAUCUUUAUUAUAUAAUCACGGGUAUCUGACUAUCAAAAGAUACAAUGAAAAAUCAAAAACUGUAAUACUCGCAUACCCGAAUAUUCAAAUUGAAAAUUCAAUUUUGGAAAAACUAAUGGGCAAGUCCUACGAACCAAUGUGUGACCAUGGGAUGAAUAUCAGUAUCCGCGAACACGAUAUCGAGAGUUUUAUUGAUUUUCUGAACAAAUCCGCAUUUAGGAAGUACAAGUUGCUCCAAAUAGAUAAAAUAGACGAAUCAGUCGCCACUAAGCACAUCCUGGACACAUUAGUAAGCAACAAAUUGGGUGCAAUCUAUUCCACGAAGAUCAUAGACGGACAAGAUGGCCAGACGGUGGGUGAUAUAGACAUUCACUUACAGAAUGAAGAAUCUUCUGAAUAUCUCCCAGCAGAUAUGGCACUUAUUAUCGAAGUAAAAUGUGGGCACAGUGCUGUCGCGGGUAUGAUACAACUGUUUACAUAUGCAGUGAAAAAUCCUAAAUCUUUUCGGCAAAAAAUCAACAACGUUUUGAAAAAAGAUGGUCCAACUUAUUCCUAUUUAUUGGCGAUAAACAUCGGCUCAAGAGAAGGACUGCACCCGGAAAUACAAGAGUGGAUUGCCGUUCCAUAUCGAGAUGGAAAAAUUUUCGCUGAUGAAAUGGUAGCUAAACUUGAUAAGGAUAAAGAUGUAUCGGAGGAACUCGGAACUAGUUGGAAAGACGAGAUACGUAGCUGGAACAACAAGGGACUUACAAUGGAUACAGAAAUCCUAGUCUGGAGUUAUCUCACCUCACACAGAAAAAUUUUUUUUAACGGUAAAAAAAACAAGACUUUGAUACCUACCUGAUUUUUAGCAAAAAAGUGAUACUUUUUGGCAACUUUUGACAAAAAAGAGAAACUUUGGUAAUUUUUGAAAAAUUAAAAAGGUAAAAACCCACUUUGACAAAAAGUAGACAUUUUUGAGAAUUAUUGACAAAAAAUUAUGUUUUUUCAAAAUUUAUGUCGAAAAAGCAAGUUUUUUCCCUACUUCAUAAUAUGGUAGGAAAAAAAACUGAAACUGCCAAUUCUUGGGCAAUCUAUGCUUUAAAAAAAGCGAUGAGACUUCGCUUUUUUUUGCCAAAAACUGCGAAACUUUAUUUUAAUAUUUUUUAAAUUUUGGUUAGCUACUUUUCAUGAACUCGGCUCAGGCUUGAAAUUAAUUAUUUUGGUAGAGAAGUACAUACACAAAAAUUCGCGCAAACGUAAUUUUUUGUCAAAUCUAUAAUACUUACAUCACUCUCGCUGCAUAUGUACUAAGUAAUUUUUUUUUUUUUUUUUUUGAAAAACUCGUAAAAAUCAUUUUCUAACUUUUAUUUUGUGUUUAAAUGUAGGACCACAAACACAGAUUCACUUAUAACAAAACUUAAGUAUUAAUUAUUUCAUUUUUUUAGAAUUUUUUUAUGCCUACAAACACAUAAUAAUCUCAUCCUCCUUUCUUUUCAAAAUUAAUCCAUCAUCAAUCAAUUUCAGCAUUUUCAUCAUUUUGGUCUACAGUUGUAAUUCUUUAAGAAUUUCAUUUUGUCUUCAUCUUUGUCUUAAUUCGAAUAAUACAUACCUAAUAAGAUGUUAGUUUAAUUCGAAUUACUAAAUUUUACAACAUUAUCGAUUCAACUAUUUAGAAGUUGAAGAUAAAAACUUCGAUUCGUAAUUUUGAUGUAUUAAUUUAUUAAAAAUUUGUCAUGAAAGCUUACCCCAGAGAUCGAAAUAUCUCUGAAAUUCGUCACUUAAUUUUUACUGAGAAAAAAUAAACGAACAUUCCGGACAAUAUUUUAUUCGUUGUUUAAAAUUAGAAUUUUUUAAUUAGGUACAGGAUGUUUGUAAAGUUUUCCAUCCGUUUCUAUUCGUUUUGUUAGGAUUCUAAUAUUUUCCUCCCCUUGUCGUAUUAUCGCAAGUUUUUUAUUUUACAAUUCUU